AUGUUUGAAAUCGAAAGUUCCUUGAGAACAAGUCUUUCCCGCUAUGAUGUGAAUGUGAAACACGUAUUGCCGAAACAACCAAACUUUGUUACCGGAAGUAUCGACCGCGCCAUGUUGGCGGAAAUGCUGGGUGAACCUCACCACACGAACCAGUACAAGAAGACAGACAUCGACAGUAAACACGUUCAACGUCUCUCUAAGUUUACUGUUUCGCAACAAAAUCAAAUACUCGGUAUAUGUCCAGUCGACGACAGUCACGCGUGGUUAUCAAUACUUCAUUUCAAGGGUCUGGUACUGGUCAACAGGAAGGGCGUCGUCACGAAAACAGUAAAAACGAAUUUCUCUCCGCUGAGGAUCGUCAUGUUCGGGACGGCAAACAUACUUAUGACUAGUUGCCCAGCUAGUACAUUUGUAUAUAAACUAUCACUACAUAACAAACAAGUGACAACAUUUGCUGACAUCGGACCACAUAAAGCAUUGGACAUCAGCAUCAACGAGUGGGACGAGGUGGUUGUUAGUACAUACACACCAGACAUAGUUGUACUGAAUCAGUCAGGUACGAUUGUGAGGAAAGUACCGUGUGGUAUGAAUGGGUGGUGUAUUGCCUGUUUGUCAUCAGGAAACGUGGCAGUAAUAACCUCAUCUCAGGAUUCAUUGUCCAUAACAGGAAAAUCAUGCACAGUCCAACAUACCUGGACAGGUGAAAUUAACAAAGGUCCAAACGUUGGUCAAAUGCAGCUCAAUAAGAUGUCACGUGACAAGUACGACAGACUGUUUGUACCAGACGUCAGUAACAAUCAGGUGUAUGUGUUACCGAGAGAUGGUACACAGGCCACGUGUCUCCUGGACCAGAAACAUGGAGUGGUGGAACCUACAGCGGUGGGUGUGGACACGUGUGGUAACGCGUGGAUAGGGUGUAGAUAUGGUACCGUACACGUGAUGCGACUGUAA